UUGUGUGUGGAAACCAAGGAAGUCAGAAUCUCCUUGGUGGGUGGAGGUGGGAGUGCAGCUUACAUGGAAGUGGUAGCUUCACUCAAAUCACUACACUAAUGACUAAAGUCACCUUUGAUGGCAUAGAGAAUCUUUGGACAGUAACUGCUGUACACUAUGGAGUUGCCACACGUAGGGAAGCAAUGUGCUCAUACAGACUGCAAACAGCUUGAUUUUCUUCCAUUCCAGUGUGAGCACUGCAAGCAAAUAUUUUGCAAUGAUCAUUACCUGCCAGAUAGACACAACUGCACUGAGCAGCGUGGCACUGAAAUUUCAGCAGUGCCUGUUAUCUCAUACAAGUGCUCUAUAUGUGGCAAUUCCAGUGCUGUCCAGAUGAACUGCCCAGUGUGUUGCCAACAUUUCUGCCUGCAGCAUCGUCAUCACGGUUGCUUGGAUGAUGAUGAUGGAAAGUUAAGACAGAGGGAUGUAAACAUAUGCAAAAAACAAUAUGAAAUGGCAAAACAAGAAGCAGACAUACAGGUUGAGCGGAGACUUUCACUUGCAAAGAAAAAGAACAACAAGACAGCAUUUAAAGUUCAGCUAAUGAAAUUGAAGAAUAAAGCAGUGGGCAACAAAGGGAUUCCAGCUGCAGACAGAGUUUAUUUCAUGAUAUUUCCACCACUGACUCUCUCAAAACAAUCUGUUCCUGUUUUUGUUUCCAGACAUUGGACUGUUGGAAGAGCUAUUGACUCCAUUUCUGAUUUGUGUGGUGUUCUUAAUCGAAAUAAUGAUGCUACAGCACCAAAGUUGAGGUUGUUUCAUUAUGAGGGUGGACAGCUGCUUUGCAUGCAGGUGGAUAAGAAACUUAAUGAUUUAAUACAAGAAAAUGAUCUAGUGGAUGGUGAAUCUUUAAUCUUGGAAUAUGUGGACGAUGUGAGUGAUCCACAUAAACAUUUGGAAAAUACAAAACAUUAUAAAGUUUCAUAUGGUCUCGAAAAGUAAUACUGUUAUGUUUUACACAGAUGUAUGAAGAAAUACAUUCACCAUUUUCUAGCAUUGUAAAAGUCCUGUACUCAUUAGUAAUAAAUUUAUAAUUGCUUGCAG